AUGGUUACCUUCUCUAUCCCCGGCGACAACGAGCUCGCCGAAGCCGGCAAGAGCACGCCUCGACCGCGUCCUGCGCUGCCUUUUGCGAGGCGCGGCUACGUCUCAACACCAUUAAAGAACAGCCGUCUCGGCGUUCCUCAGAGUGCGCCGUCGCGGAGGGUGUUGACGACUCGCGAUGAACAGCCAACAAGCAGCCUCAACAGAUCAACAAUCUCUACCGCCCGGAAUAUUUUCCGGGCCUCCACAACCGACAGUCCUUCUAUGACUCCUUUCUCUCCGAACAUCCCUCAAAAUACCCCAAAGAAAGUGUUCGCGCUAGGCGCUACCCCCGAGCCGAAUCGCGUCUUUCGAGAGUCGACAGCGCAGGCUACCCCCCGGGGCAUGGCAGCCAAGACUACUUCCAAAGACCUCUUUCAUAUGCGUAUCGCGGACCCCGAUCCUGAGCUAUCUGGCGAGGUUCUGACGAGGAAGAUCCCCCAAGAUUGGAACAACAAGGGCUCCAUCUACGCCGACCAAUUCCUCUCCCAUCUCUGCCCCUCUGAGUUUGAUGACGAGCAGCGACGGCAAUUUUUCUGCAUCCUCGAUCUUCGACGACUUAAAUACGCAGCCAACGAGAUUUUCUCCCAGAAAGAUUGGAAGCUCAAUGUCAUCAACUUUGCAAAGGAGUUUGAAAAGAGCAGGAGCAUUAUUCUUCUGCGAUACGGUCUCUACGAAUUCCAGAACGUUAAGCCUUCAAAGGAUGUCCUCAAAAGAUGGCGCCGUGAACACGGUCUCCCUGAACCAGAGGAGGACAAUGACGAGCCUACCCCUACCAAGGUCACGGCAGCUAAAAAGCGCAAGGCGGAUGAUGAGGAUACCGAUAUGAAGGACUCUUCCACCAACAGCAAGCGACGUGCUCCCGAGCAUGAGGAGGAUGUCCAGGAGCAACAAGCGCCAGCUCCUGUCCCUGUCCCUGCGUCUACCCUGGGCAAGAACAAGCGAAGGUCGUCUAUCGGCGAUGAAGCUGAUAGCCAGCCAUCCAAGAUGCAGAAGGGCCAAGCGUCUGCGGCCAAAUCUCUUUUCGAGAAGAUCGCCAACAAGUCAUCUACUACUCCUGUCAGCUCUCCCCUUAAGCCUUCUGCCAAGCCUGCCGACGACAAUGCUGCUGCCAAACCCAACCCCUUUGCGUUCAACAAGACCAACGGAUCCGGUAGCUCUCUCGCUCGCAGUAUUUUCCAGAACCCCAAGCCCACCAGCACUGCUGGUGCCUCUGGUGGCAACAUCUUCGGUUACCUUUCUGACGCCAGCUCAGCCAAGAACAGUGGUGUUGACGCUGAUGCCGAGAGUGAGGCCGAUUCUGAUGCAGAGGACGAUAGCCAGGGCGAUGAGCCAAGUGCGGCAGCAAGUGGCGCUGAAACUGCUUCCCAGGUUGGCAAUGGUUUGUUUGGACAAAAGACUGCCCUUUCUAGUGGCCUGGCCGCCGGAUCUAGUGCCCCUGGUACUAGGGAGAGUACUCCUGGCCUAAGUCUGUUUGACCGAGUUACUAAAGAUACCGAUGGACAACCCGUGCGUCUGGAGGAUAAGGCUGAGGUACCGGCUGAGAAGCCUUUCCCAAAGCUUGCUGACCAAACCUGGAACCCAAGCACUACCCCUAUCAAAUUUGCUCCAUCUGCCCCUGCCUCUACAGGCCAGGCUGCCUCUCUUUUCGGAAAGGCCACUUCAGCGCCUACAAGCUCUUUGUUCGCCAACAAGCCCGCCACUACUUCCAACCUCUUCGGUGCUGCUAAGCCUGCCGAGAAGGCGUCAACGCCCUCGGACCAUGCUGAUAAGACUGGCGGCGACGAAUCCGACAAGGAGAACGAUGAAGCGCCCAAGAAGUCCAUGUUCGAGUCCAAGGCUUCCGCUGCCCAACCAAGUUUUGGUUCCAUGUUCUCCAAGCCGGCUACUGAGGCGGCCAAGGCUCCAGAGCCUGCCAAGCCUGUCACCAGUUUGUUUGGAGCCAAGCCUGAUGAUACGGCAAGCACUCCCGCGCCAACUACCAACCUUUUUGGUGCUGUGAGCAAGACUGCUGAAUCUAGCGGACCUGUGAUGCAGUCUUCGACAUUGUUCGGAGCUAAGCCAUCUGGUGAUGACAAACCUGCUGCCACUGAGGCGCCAAAGACUUCGCUCUUUGGUGCUCCUAGUACCUCGGCGGCAAAUGGCGAGUCGACUACUGCUACCUCUUUGUUUGGCGCAAAGCCCACAACUACCGCCAGCAAUCUGUUUGGCAACACUUCAACACCUGCUGCUGCGCCUUUAUUCGGUGCUCCUAGUUCCAGCGAUGCGACUGCAGCAAAGAAGGAUACUCCUGCCGCAACCUCCAUGUUCAGCUUCGGCGGGGCUUCCAACGGCGCUGAUAAGAUCAACGGUGCUGCAAAGCCUCUGUUUGGUGCGCCCCAGUCCCCUAAGCCGUCUUCUGGAACAGCCGGGCUUGAUGGUAGUCCCAUGAAGCAAGAUGAGCCAUCGCCGGCUAAGAGGGCCUUUAACGGAAGAACCGCGUCGGGCGCGUCUGCACCCAUCUUCAGCUUUGGCGGCUCAACCACCCCCGCUGCCGCCCCUCCCUCUUUCGGCGGUGGUGCUUCAGGCACCUCUACGCCUUUGUUUGGUGGUGCCUCCACGACUCCUGCUGCUAACGACGUAGGCGCGUCUUUCGGCUCCAACUCCUCUGCCUCUGGAAGCUUCGGGUUCCAGUUUGGAGGAGGGGGGGGAGGCAACUCGGCUUCUUCUUCAUUCAACAACCCUUUCGCAUCCGGUAACAAUGGAGGUGACUCGGGCGCUGCCCCAUCAUCAAGCGGAGGCAUGUUCAGUUUUGGAGCUUCUUCUGCGCCUUCUGCGCCUUCUGCGCCUUCCGGCGGCGCCGCACCUUUCCAGUUUGGCGGACCAAGCAAUGCAACGGCUUUUGGAGCAAACAACAGCACUCCCGCUUUUGGGGGCGCUUCUGGAUCUUCUGGGGCACCAGGAUUCAGCUUCACGGGAGCCUCACCGACACAAAACGCAACACCGACAUUUGGAUCCAACCACUCUGCUCCGGCCUUUGGCAACGGCAACCUUCAACCGCCUGCUGGUGGUUCUACCACCGGGACCAACACACCGUUUAGUCUUGGGGGAGGCUCUAGCCUGGCCACUACACCAGCUGCCGGGACCCCGGAACCAUCCACCCAGGCCGAAGGAACCGCCGGAGGCGAUGACGAAGGCGAGAAGCACGAGCAGGUCAACUUGACCGAAAACCUGGAGCAGGACGAAGAUGUUGUGCAUGAUGUGCGAGCAAAGGUGUUGAAGUUUGUGCCGGCUGGGGACAAGUCGGACGACAAGAAGCCCAAGUCUCAGAGUCCAUGGUCUACACAGGGUGUUGGUGCUCUUCGAUUGCUCAAGCACAAGGAGACCAACGUUGUGCGUCUUUUGUUGCGAGCUGAGCCUCGUGGGCACAUUGCCAUGAACCGAGCUGUUCUUCCCGAUAUGUCAUACAAGGCAGACAAGAAGUAUGUCAAGAUGACUACAUCGAAUGAGAUGGGAGAUGGACUUGAGACGUGGAUGAUUCAGGUUAAGACGGCGGAUAUGGCGAAGGAGCUUGCAGAGGCGUUGGAGAAGAACAAGGUUCAUAAUAAGAAUCAAUUCUGGCAGCAGCUUUGCCAGGAACACGGCAUCAGCCAAGACGGAAACCUCGAGGACUUUGCGACCGAGGGCGGCGAUCGAAAAGAUGUAUUCUACUACCAGAGCGACGACACGCGGUACAUCCCCAGAGCUAUUCUUAUAGAUCUGGAACCUAGGGUCAUCAACGGUAUUCAGACUGGGCCCUACAAGAACAUUUACAACCCCGAGAACUUUUAUGUUGGCAAAGAUGGUGUGGGUGCUGCCAACAACUGGGGUGAUGGUUACCAGAGUGGUGAAGCGGUGUAUGAGGACAUCAUGGAGAUGAUUGACCGGGAAGCUGAUGGUAGUGACUCUCUCGAGGGCUUCAUGAUGCUGCACUCAAUUGCUGGUGGAACAGGCUCUGGUCUUGGUUCAUUCCUCCUCGAGAGGCUUAACGAUCGGUUCCCCAAAAAGAUCAUACAGACAUACUCGGUCUUCCCAGACACGACGAACGCAGGCGAUGUCGUCGUACAUCCUUACAACAGUAUCCUAUCCAUGCGCAGAUUGGUCCAAAAUGCUGAUUCGGUUGUCGUUCUGGAUAACGGUGCUCUGUCUCACAUUGCUGCUGAUAGGUUGCAUGUCCAGGAGCCAUCUUUCCAACAAACGAACCAGCUAGUUGCUACUGUCAUGUCAGCCAGUACGACAACUCUACGAUACCCCGGCUACAUGCAUAAUGAUCUUGUCAGCAUUCUAGCAUCUCUUAUCCCAACCCCUAGAUGCCAUUUCCUCAUGACUGCCUACACGCCAUUUACUGGUGAUCAGGUCGAGCAGGCCAAGACAGUCCGCAAAACAACAGUGCUUGACGUGAUGCGACGGUUGCUUCAGCCUAAGAACCGCAUGGUAUCAACUGUCCCCGGCAAGAAGAGCUGUUACAUCUCUAUUCUCAAUGUAAUUCAGGGCGAGGUUGACCCAACCGAUGUUCACAAGAGUCUGCUUCGUAUUCGUGAGCGACGCCUGGCUACGUUCAUCCCUUGGGGACCUGCGAGUAUUCAAGUCGCUUUGACAAAGAGAAGUCCAUAUAUCCCCAUGAGCCAUCGUGUAAGCGGUCUCAUGCUUGCCAACCACACAAGCAUCGCAACGCUUUUCAAGAGAAUCCUAAGACAAUACGACGGCAUGCGCAAGCGCAAUGCUUUCAUGGAAGGAUAUAAGAAGACAGCACCAUUCUCUGAGAAUCUCAACGAGUUUGACGAGGCGCGGCAAGUGGUUGCAGACUUGAUUGGCGAGUACGAAGCCGCUGAGGAUGCAGACUACCUCAACCCAGACGCAGGGGAGAAGCCCACGUCUAUAGAGACAGAUCGACGAGUAGCCAAAUCAAUCAAGAUGACUCAAUCCAACGACCAGAAGAUCGCCGAGGUUCAGGCCAACCUCCCUCUUCCCGACCAGCCCCCUACCGCCUCUGACUGGCAGUCUGCUGAUGCCCGCAACGUCAACGUUGGCGCCGGCAAGGUCGAGGGCUCUGUCGGCACUGAUGCCCACGCCCAGUCUGGUCUCCGUGAGCCCGCUACCAAGGGCGAGGAGGUCGACCUAAGCAACGUCGGCCGCGAGGGUGUUGAGAAGAACCAGCAAUAA